UAUAACGGUCAACGGAAGAAAGACCACAGUUUUACAAAAUUACAAACCAGCGAAGAUUAUAGAAAUAGUGACACUACUUUCUUUUCAAUUAGGGCUUCAUCAUUUUUCUCCCUUGAACAAUGCUUCAAUCCCAGUACGAAAUCAUUGUUUUGAUUUGCACCUUGGUAAGCUUUAUCAGAACUGGAAUUGGCGGAAGAACAAGUACUUAUAUUCGCUCCGAAUGGCCAUCUUCCGAUAUGCCGCUUCACAACGAUGUUUUUGCUGUCCCAAAAGGCCAUAAUGCUCCUCAACAAGUUCAUAUUACUCAAGGGGAUUAUGAUGGAAAGGCUGUAAUAAUCUCAUGGGUUACUCCAAAUGGAGUAGGUUCAAGCCAAGUACUUUAUGGUACAUUGGACCAGAAAAAUGGUUUUAGUGCUCAGGGAACGGUCACCAACUAUACCUUUUAUAACUAUUCUUCUGGAUUCAUUCACCAUUGCCUAAUCGAUGGCCUUGAGUAUGGCACCAAAUACUAUUACAAGAUCGGAGAGGAUAAGGCUGCUCGUGAAUUUUGGUUUGUAACUCCUCCAAAGAUUGAUCCUGAUGCUCCCUACACUUUUGGGAUUAUUGGUGAUUUGGGUCAAACAUAUAAUUCUUUUUCCACUCUCGAGCAUUACAUGCAGAGUGGGGGACAAACUGUCUUAUUUCUUGGUGAUCUCUCUUAUGCUGAUAGAUAUGAACAUAACAACAUUGGUAUUAGAUGGGAUUCGUGGGGACGCUUUAUUGAGAGGAGUGCUGCAUAUCAGCCAUGGAUUUGGUCAGCAGGGAAUCAUGAAAUAGAGUACAUGCCACACAUUGGGGAAGAUUUUCCAUUUAAAUCAUAUUUACACAGAUUUCAUACACCUUAUAUGGCCUCUAAUAGUAGCAAUCCUCUCUGGUACGCUGUGCGACGAGCAUCUGCUCACAUCAUUGUCCUAUCUAGUUAUUCUUCAUUUGUGAAGUACUCACCUCAAUGGAUGUGGCUGCGAGAAGAGCUAAAGAGGGUGAAUAGAAGCGAAACACCUUGGCUUAUUGUUGUCAUGCAUGUGCCCCUCUACAAUAGUGACCAGGUCCAUUAUAUGGAAGGUGAAGGCAUGCGGGCUGUCUUUGAAAGCUGGUUUGUCCAGUCAAAAGCGGAUUUCAUCUUUGCUGGCCAUGUUCAUGCAUAUGAAAGAUCGUAUCGAAUCUCAAACAUUUAUUACAAUGUAUCAACUGGUGAUCGUUACCCUGUACCGGACAAGUCAGCUCCAGUGUAUUUAACUGUUGGUGAUGGUGGAAAUCAGGAGGGUCUUGCUGGAAGGUUUUGGGAUCCACAACCAGAAUAUUCUGCAUUUCGUGAAGCCAGUUAUGGUCAUUCUACAUUAGAGAUUAAGAACAGAACCCAUGCAUUCUACCAUUGGAACCGAAAUGAUGAUGGGAAAAAGGUACCAACUGAUGAUGUGAUAUUCCACAAUCAGUACUGGGCAAGCAACUUGAGGAGGAGGCGACUGAAGAAGAAUCAUUCCAAGGUUGAAGGGGAGUGAAUUGCAUGUGUGGAUGAUAUUACUUGCACAUUUAUCAGAUCAGGGCAUAUGCUUUCUAGCUAUUCUUUUAAAAUCUUGAGGAUUUUUUUAGUUGAACUGCAAUUUUGGCAUGAAUCAACCAUGAAUGUGGUGUGGACGUAAAAAGAGAUCAACAAUUUAAGUUGAUGGAUAAUUUUCCAAUGCCUGGCUCCGUAUAGUUGUACAGCUUGUGAAAGGUGUCCCUGUUUGUUAAUAUUGUACCUAUUGAUUGUACUGUACUAAAUUGUAAAUCUGAAAUAAUUGAAAAGCAAAAAAUGUAUGGUAGUUGCCAUUUUACUUGAAUUUUGAACUCUUGUUGGAUCUCUAUAAUGAAAGUUUUGGAAUAGUUUAAUAUUGCUACA